GGAAUGGAAUGGAACUUCUUACACAGUCUACCUGUGACUGCGUGUCAAGAAACACGAAUUCGUGGUCGCCGAUUCUUAAUUUCUGAAACCCUCGGUUGUUUUGAUUUCGUGUGAGAACGAUUAAGAAACACAGGAAAAAGAAAAAAAGGAAAGAGAACGUGUCGCGAGCACGCUUCCGGGUUUCACGGUCACUUUUAUUUAAGAAAGGCCGAGUCGCGAUCGAACGAGUUCAUUUUCCUUUCCAGAAUCACGAAGAUGCGAAGAAUUCUUUGGGAACGAGAAAUCUCGAAAUUUUGUAUUAUUCUACUCUGCUGUCCCUUUGAUCUAUCCGUUUGCCUGCCGGCGGAGCAACCGAUUAGAUACACGUUGAGCACCGGUGACGUAAAAACGAGAGAUACUGGCACGCCGUUCAAUUUCGAACAAAAUCGAGCAGUGGCGAGCGAGUCGCAAAACAACGUGGUUACAGUGGAGAAGUCGGUGUCCAUGAACUACGAACCGAUACAGUUUGGAACGACCGAGUAUCCUCCAGUGACAAACACCCAUUCAAGCGCUCGUGAGACCGUGAGAUUAGAGAACGAGACAGCGCAGAGUUUUUUCGAGAGGCCAAUCUCGAAACCCAUCGCCAACGUGUUGGAUUCUUUUUUGAAACCUACGCCAUUGGUCGACGGUAUCAAGGAGGAAGAAAAAUAUGGAAAUUCAGGAGACAAGUUUAUCGGAAUUGGUCGUGCUCUGGUCACUGGUUACCAAGAAUUCAGCAAUUUUCUCAAUGCUCUCGUUGACUUCCCGCGUAAAACUGCAAAAAAGGCUAGCUCGGAAAUCUCAGGGAUGCUGAAUUAUAUCGGUGCACGGCUGAUCGGAUUGGAAUAACGAGCACCGUAAAUAUCGUAGAAUAUUUUGGAUAAUCAAAUUCUAAUUAUCCAAAAUUUGUGGUUUUGUUUUUCAUAAUUUUAUACGUUGAAUAAAUUUUUUUGUUUUUUAUCAAAUUGUCUUAAGAAUUGUCGAAAGAGUGGAUACGAGAAAUGCACGAAGAAUCGUCUCAUAAAUAUAUUAUUUAUUAUCUGAACGUUACACGUACACGAGGCUCGCGUGAUACGAUCUCGAUGCAGCUCGAUCGUCGCGACCUCGUAGCGUGGCAGGCUGCGCUCGAAACCACGCACUUCUUCAAACGUACACUAGGCGGUCAAGUGUCGCUACUUUAUCGACAACUUAUUACGCGAUAAAAAAACGUACACGAUCGACACACCCGAGGAUUUAAAGCUAGACGAGAGAAAAAUCCACGAGGAUUGUGUAGUGUUUCCACGGGUGGGGUCGAUCCGAUCUUAAAACGAUAACGAGAAUAAAAAUAAAAAUUGUGCUCGCGCUCGCACGACCAGGCAAAAC